CAUUCUCGAUUUUGCAGAGGAGCUGGCAGCAUUGGUUUCCUGUGUUGCUGCUGCAGGGAGUUGAUAAACUGAGAGCUUUGGCGAGCUGAGAAACCACAACAUGGCAGUGACCUAUGAUGAUGUGCACAUCAACUUCACUAAGGAAGAGUGGGAUUUACUGAAUCCUUCCCAGAAGAAUCUCUACAAGGAUGUGAUGCUGGAAACCUACAGGAACCUAACUACUAUAGGAUACACUUGGGAAGACCUUAACACCGAAGAGCAUUGUCAAUGUUCUAGAAGACAUGCAAGGAUUGAAAGAAAUCAAAUUGGAGAGAAGUUUUCAGUAUAUUCACCCUGUGGUAAAGUCUUGUCUUAUAACACUCAUCUUCUAAGGAAUGAAAAAACACAUAGCGGAGAAAAAUGCUGUGAAAUUAAGCAAUGUGACGCAGUCUUUUCUUAUCACAAUCAUCUUGAAAUGCAUAAAAGAACACAUACUGGAGAGAAACCAUAUGAAUGUAAUCAGUGUGGUAAGGCCUUUGCACAACACAGUCAUCUUCAAAUGCAUAAAAGAACACAUACUGGAGAGAAACCCUAUGAAUGUAAUCAGUGUGGUAAGGCCUUUGCACGUCACAGUGAUCUUCAAAUGCAUAAAAGAACACAUACUGGAGAGAAACCCUAUGAAUGUAAUCAGUGUGGUAAGGCCUUUGCACGUCACAGUGAUCUUCAAAUGCAUAAAAGAACACAUACUGGAGAGAAACCCUAUGAAUGUAAUCAGUGUGGUAAGGCCUUUGCACGUCACAGUCAUCUUCAAAUGCAUAAAAGAACACAUACUGGAGAGAAACCCUAUGAAUGUAAUCAGUGUGGUAAGGCCUUUGCACGUCACAGUCAUCUUCAAAUGCAUAAAAGAACACAUACUGGAGAGAAACCCUAUGAAUGUAAUCAGUGUGGUAAGGCCUUUGCACGUCACAGUCAUCUUCAAAUGCAUAAAAGAACACAUACUGGAGAGAAACCCUAUGAAUGUAAUCAGUGUGGUAAGGCCUUUGCACGUCACAGUCAUCUUCAAAUGCAUAAAAGAACACAUACUGGAGAGAAACCCUAUGAAUGUAAUCAGUGUGGUAAGGCCUUUGCACGUCACAGUCAUCUUCAAAUGCAUAAAAGAACACAUACUGGAGAGAAACCCUAUGAAUGUAAUCAGUGUGGUAAGGCCUUUGCACGUCACAGUCAUCUUCAAAUGCAUAAAAGAACACAUACUGGAGAGAAACCCUAUGAAUGUAAUCAGUGUGGUAAGGCCUUUGCACGUCACAGUCAUCUUCAAAUGCAUAAAAGAACACAUACUGGAGAGAAACCCUAUGAAUGUAAUCAGUGUGGUAAGGCCUUUGCACGUCACAGUCAUCUUCAAAUGCAUAAAAGAACACAUACUGGAGAGAAACCCUAUGAAUGUAAUCAGUGUGGUAAGGCCUUUGCACACCCCUGUACUCUUAAAAGCAUUAAAAUGUAACAUCCUCUAGAGAUACCAGUGAAUGGAAUGUGGUAAAUUCUUUUUCACAAUCAUCUCCAAAUACAUAAUAUGAGGCCUUUUUUAGAGAAACCCUGAAGUUAAUUUGUGUAUUUUUCAAAAACAUAAGAAAAUCAUACUGUAGUGAAACUUUAUAAAUGAAUUCAGUGUCAUAAUGUUUUGUGCUUCAUAUAGGAGUAAGACUUUGUGUGUAGUCAUCUGAGAAAGCUUGUGCAUGUUAUCAUAAUCUUUUGGACCCGAGGAAUCUUUGAAGAAGACACCAGAGAAUGGGAAGAUGUCCCUUGCCCUUGUUAGGUAGAAAGCAACAUAGUAAAAGUGAAAACCUUUCCAAAAGCAAUCUACAGGCUCAAUAACAUUCACAUGUAAAUAUCAGAAAAAUCUUCACAGAUCUCAAAAUAAAAACACUCAACUUCAUAUAGAAAAGCCAAAAAAAUGCAAGAUAGUCAAAACAGUCCUAUAUAAAAAAUAAUUUCUGGAGGCAUCACAUUCCCUGACUUCUUCAGACGACUACAGAGCUACAGUACUGAAGAGAUCCUGGUGUUGGCAAAAAAACAGAUAGGAGGACUAAUGGAACUGAUUCUAAGACCCAGAUAUCAAUCCACUCACCUACUACACCUUUUUUUUUUUUUCGAGACAGGGUUUCUCUGUGGUUUUGGAGCCUGUCCUGGAACUAGCUCUUGUAGACCAGGCUGGUCUCGAACUCACAGAGAUCCGCCUGCCUCUGCCUCCCGAGUGCUGGGAUUAAAUGCAUGCGCCACCACCUCCUGGCUUUUGACAAAGCACCAAAAAAAUAUAAAAUGGAGAAAACAUAUUUAACAAAUGGUGCUGGCAUAACUGAAUAUCAAUGUGGGGAAGAAUGAAAGUAGACCCACAUCUAUCAUCAUGAACAAAACUCAAGUCCCAAUGGAUCAAAGACUACAACAUAAAGACAAACACACUGAACUACAUAAAACAGAAUAUUGGAAGUACACUUGAACACAUUGGAAAAUUGGACCACUUUCAAAUUAUAACCCCAGGUAUCACAGACACUGAGAAAAAUAAUAAAUGAGAUCUCCUGAAGCAAAAGUUUCUGUAAAACAAAGGACAUCACCAACAAUACAAAAAGGCAGCCUGUAGUAUGGGAAAAGAUAUUCACCUACCCCACAUUGGACAGAAGACUGAUCUUCAAAACAUACAAAGAACUUAAGUAAUUGGUCAUUAAAAGAACAAAUAAUCUAAUAAAAAAUGGAGUACAGACCUAAAUAAAAACAUUUUAACAUAUGAAUCUAAAAUGACUGAGAGAUACUUAAGGAAAUUUCCAAACUCCUUAGUCAUUAGAGAAAUGAAAAUCAAAACAACUCUGAGAUUCCCUCUCACAUCUGUAACAAUAGGCAAGAUCAAAACACUGAUGACAACUUAAGCUGGAGAGGAUGUGGAGAUAAGGGAACACAACUCCAUUGCUGAUGGGGUUAUAAACUGAGUCAGCUACUUUGAAUAUCAGUAUGGUUAUUCCUUAGAACAUUAGAAGGCCACCUGCCUGCUUGUGAGACAAUGGAGUACUACACAGUGGAUAAAAACAAUUACAUCUUGAAAUUUAUGUGCAAAUUUAUGGAUCUAGAAAACAUCUUAAAAGAGUGAGUUAACCCAGAACCAGAAAGAAAAAUAUAUGUACUCACUCCUAAGUGGCUUUUAGAUAUAAAACAGAGGACAGUCAGCCUACAAUUCACAAUGCCCAGAAUAUAUACAACAAAGAGGAAACAAAGAGAAACAUACAUAAAUCUAUAUAGGACAUAGAGAAAGACAAGAUCUUAGUAAAUUUGGAACAUGUGAAUCAUGGGAGAAGGGGAGGGGGGAGGAAGGCUGAGUAGUGGAUAAAUAUAUAGUUGAAUAAAAACAAUUAAAAAAUCCUUGAUACCUAGCUGUUUCUGGGUGAAUUAUACAAACUGAUAGUAUAAAAUGAACAGCUGAAAUAUGGAGUUUUGCUUAAUUUUGUACUUGAAUAAAAUACUUCCUCUUGCUAAGGCAGACUGAUUUAUGAUAUUUAAUUAAAAACAAUCUACACAUUUUUCCAAAAGAAAAUUAAAGAUUUGUACCAUAUCUCCCCAUCUUCCCAAACCUAUAAUCACACAUAUAAACACAUGAGACAGAAGUGCUUGAUUUUACUUAAUAUAGCUGCAUUCAUUCUAAGUUCUUCAUGUAACACUGAGUUCAUGUUUUAAUGAUGAAUUUUGAAGACUGUACAAGUCAGAGUGACAGACCCUGAACUAUGUGAAUACUAAUUGAAUCUUUGACAUUUAAAAACACCAAGUUAGAGUGUAAGAGUAUCUUGGGCUUUUAUAAGUCAGAUGAGCACCUACAGAGCAAUGGAUCUUAUAUACAAUAUAGCUAGCAUCCAGAAUGAAUAGCUGGAUUCAAGAAAGCAACCACACACUUUACAGAUUCAUUUAUACUUUAAGAGACCAUGCCCAAGUGGAUUGAUAUCUUAAAGCUAUUGACUGAAGGAGUUCUCACAGCAUCUAUCCAUUUAAAUUAAUAAGAAAUUCCAUACCCUAUACCAAACUAUGUACACAAGAAACAGAUGUCAAAAUAAAGUUAGAAUUACAAUAAGCAUAAUCAAUAUUAAGGAAGGAAUACAUCCUAAUGGUUUGAUAAGCAUUCUAUCCUAAGGAGUCCAUGUUGUAGUAGAAAUGGCUUAACUAGAUCAUAAGAGGAUGGUAAGUAUGAUUAUCUCAUCUUCAACUCCAUUAAAGGCCUGAGAAGAGCAAUAAUAUUACUUGAGUAGGCAGGUAGUGCAGUCUAACAGCUUCCAAAAAGUGUAGUAGAUGACAGAGACAACUGACUGAGCAAUCAACCAAAGUCUCAUCACAGUGUUGAAGAAUAAGACUUCAUAUCAGAAUAUAAAACAAUCUUUAAACAACUAUGUAGUAAAGCAGGACAAUGACCUCAAAAGGUAAACAAUGUAUAAAAAUUGUGAUCAGCGGUAGAGUUAUAUAAUGCAAAAGACAAAUAUAUCAUAAAAUUGUGUCAAUAAAAAUAUGUUUUAAACAGAGGUAGAAUCAUGCAUUUAUACAAUCUGACAAAAUAACCUUGUAUAGUUGUUACAAAUAUUCUAAAUAAAAUUAGAAACAUUCUAUAUAAUAAAUAUAAUUUGAAUUUGUGUCAAUAUACAAAAGUCUAUACCAAUGUAAAUCCAUAAAUAAUAGUUCACAACUAUUCCUUCUAUUACAAACUGUUAUUAGUGUGAGUAAGUCAUUUAUCUAUUAUCCAAUUCCAUUUUCCCUCUUUUUGAGAUCUCUGGGUGUACAUAAUUUCACACAACCCUAUAUGAGUAAUAAUCAACUCUUCAAUGUUGUCCCUGACCGUGAAGGCAAACUUUGUUGGGAGAGAGAAUGGCAUCUUCUAGAAUUGCUUCCACAUGUCAUGGGGGCGAUGUUCUUUCUAUGGGAUAUUAUAAAGGUAAAAUGAUGGUUAAAUUUCAA